AUGGAAGCGACGAGGGACACAGCGCAGUCCUGCUCCGGCGGCCAGGCGGCGCUCGCUGCCAGGCUCGCGAGUCGCCUCGCCGACGACAACGCGGACAGCAACCUGGUGCUCUCGCCGCUGUCCAUCUACGCGGCGCUCGCGCUCCUGGCCGCCGGCGCGCGGGGCGCCACCCUUGACGAGAUCCUGGGCGUCCUCGGCGCGCCGUCUCGCGCCGCGCUCGACGAGUUCCUCUCGCGCGUGGCGGAGGACGCGCUCAAGGACCACUCCGAGUCCGGCGGGCCGCGCGUCGCGUUCGCGCAUGGCGUGUGGACCGACCUCGCGUGCCCGCUGAAGCCGGCCUACCGCCACGCCGCCGUGAGCACGUACAAGGCCGAUGCCAGCACCGUCGACUUCCGCAACGACCCGGAGGCGGCACGGGGCCAGAUCAACGCGUGGGUCGCGCAGGUCACGAGCAACCUGAUCGGCUCCGUCCUUGGCCCCCGAUCCAUAACGCCGCUCACCCGCGUCGUGCUCGGCAACGCCAUGUACUUCAAGGGCAAGUGGGAGAAGCCCUUCGACAAGGAGGACACCGCCAACAAACCCUUCCACCGGCUCGACGGCCGCACCGUCGAAGUGCCAUUCAUGAAGAGCUGGAGUUCCCAGUUCAUCGCCGUGCACGAAGGGUUCAAGGUGCUCAAACUCCGGUACCAAAUGACUCAAGCGCAUGGGUGGUGCGCCGAUCGUACACAGUUUUCUAUGUGCAUCUUCCUUCCUGAUGCCUUCGACGGCUUGCCGAGCCUGGUCGACGCGAUAGCAUCUCAACCUGGCUUCCUGCACAAGCACCUGUCCGAGGAGAAGAUCGACGUUAGGAAGUUCCGGGUGCCCAAGUUCAAGCUGUCCUUCCACAACAGCCUCGUCACCGUUCUCAAGAAGCUUGGGCUUCAGUUGCCUUUCAGCGACCAAGCCGACCUGUCUGACAUGGUCGAAGGUGAUGAAUCCGGCUUGCCAUUGGUCCUGAGUGACGUCAUCCACAAGGCGGUCAUCGAGGUAAACGAGGAAGGCACCGAAGCUGCAGCCUCCACAUUGAUGCAUAUCGGAGCUGGAUGUUGUGCAAUGCCGCCAUCGCCACCUCCUCCGGUGGAUUUCGUAGCUGAUCAUCCGUUUGCGUACUUUAUAGUGGAGGAGGCGACCGGCAUAGUUGUCUUUGCGGGACACGUUGUCGACCCUUCUAAUGAGGACUAG